AUGAGCUCCAAGGAGAAGCCCACUCUCGGUGGCACGCGGAUCAAGACCCGCAAGAGGAAUAUUGCGGUUCCUUUAGAUCCGACCAGCUUUGCAGAUGCGAUCGUCCACAUCUACAAGGAUCACCAGGGGGAUUUGGAGCUUAUAGCGAAGGAUAUUGACUCUUCCGAGCUCGAUUUUUCUCGAUAUGGGGAGACAUUCUUUGAGGUGGUCCUUAGCGGCGGGCGAAUGCAGCCUGGCACAACCAAGCCAGAAGAGGGGGCAGAGCGGCAGCCGUGGAAUGUGCUCAGUUCACCACCCACAAAGGAGGGGGUUCUCAAACAUGUCCUUUUCAUCCAGAAGAUUCUGCGACGCCGGCCAUUCAUGAUCAAAUCCUUGGAGAAUGUGCUGCGCCGCUGGGUGCAGUCCCUGGAAAUGUAUGAGCCUGAAGAGAGGAAGCGCCUUGCUGUCUUGACAGCCCUCUGCUUCUCACAGCGGUUCACCGGCCUGGCACCUGAUGUCAUUUUCAUCGCCCUCCUUAAUGACACGCUCGUCACUAAAGGCACCUCGCUGGGCUUCAUCACGGACUUUUUCCGUGUCUAUCUGGUGGAGACCAACAUGGAUGACCUUGUGGGCCUGCUCAAGAAAGGAAAGGUCGAUCAGCGGCUGAUCGAGUUCAUGCCCUCCCAGAAGCGGACUCCAGACGCAUUUUCGCAACAUUUCAGCAAUGAGGGCCUGAAGGCAUUGGCGGAUUACCAGAAGAAGGUGGUGUUUGAUGUGAAGCUGAAAGAGCUGCACACAGCUCUUUCUGACAUGAUAGAGGAAGAGCACACAGAUGUGGGUGACGUGAUUGACAUGGUUAAGCAGAGAAAGAAGGAGGGCGGCCUGGCUGAUGGUGAUGUUGUUCGCACAGUUUGGGAUGCAGUUAUGGGCGCUGUGCAGUGGUCAGGCAAAAAUGUGCAGCAGAAUUCUAACACAGCCUUGCGGCAGCUCAAAUCCUGGGCAAAACUAUUGGAGGCAGUGUGCUCGUCUGCCAAGAUGGAGCUAGAGCUGCUUUACCACAUUCAGAUGCAGUGCUAUGAGGAUGCUAAGAUUCAGCGCCUCUUUCCUGAGUUUGUUAGGACCCUCUAUGAUUGUGAUGUGCUCGCGGAGGACACCAUAAUGCUUUGGUUCCGCAAGGGUUCCAAUCCAAAAGGAAGGCAGCUGUUUGUCAAGGCACUCGAGCCUUUUGUCAAAUGGUUGGAAGAAGCAGACGAAGAAGACUGA